AUGUUUGACGUCAUAGGUGUCGGUAUUUGCAUAGCUUGCAUUUCAUACUUGUGUUGCAUUUAUACGACGACGCUAAUGGCUCGAUCUACAGCUAAUUCAUUCCAUCGUCCAAAACGAUGCAAUAUCAAAUCGCCACUAAAAAAAUCAUCACCAGAACCAGCAGCAAAGUACGAUGAUAUGAACAUCAAGUAUUCGAAAUCGACGAGACGACGUUGUCUCUGUACCAAGGCUCGUUGUAUCGAGCAAUCGAAUUUUUCAGUGCCAAUGGCUCGACGAAGAAUUUGUCUCGUUGCUUCUUCGUUUUUUGAUACCGAAAGCACAGAAGGAAAAGAGGGUACUUGA